AUGACGAGCCAACAAACUCAAAAGGCUCUCGUCGAUGGGCCAAAUGGCGAACCCCUUGUUAUAACCGAUUACCCCAUACCACCCUUGCUGGCAGACUAUGUCCUUGCUAAAACCGCCUAUGUCUCCCUCAAUCCACUGCACCAGGCUCACUGGCUGGCUGCUACUUCUCAGGGACGGUCGAAGAGAGAUCGGGGCGAGAAAAUCAUGGGUUUCAAUCAUGGGAUUAACAGAGUGCGCCCGACCACAGGGUCGUUUUCGGAACAUGUAAUUACCAAGGGGGAUCUGCCGUUUCGAGUGCCUGAGUCGUUGCCCAUGGAUCAGGCUGCGACGAUGCCGGUGGGUUUGUAUACCGUCGGUCAGGGGCUGUAUCAGGGGAUCCUGCGAUUGGCGUAG